UCCGAAAUAAUCCGAUAUGUAUCGAUUCUUAACACGGAAAGCAACGAUUGAUCCCGAGUCUACUUAAAUUAGCGAUCCCACAUACCAAUGCUAAUUUAUAAUGAGUGAUCGUGACGGACUGGCCACGACGAAUAAAGGCACAUCAGUUGAAAGACUCAAACAGUAUAGCCAAUAUCCAAGAUGCCAGUUCUGCACAGUGUUUUUAGUUUGAUGUUGCUAAUGGCAACGUCCGUACAAGGAGAUUACCCGUGCAUCUGUAAUUAUAACAUCGAGAGCUCAGUGUACGAAUCGACAGCAAAGGGUGCUCCCAUAGGUUAUCUUUACGAGUUUGACUGCAAACCGGAAGGUCCACCAACCAACGACCCCAACUGGGUCAUCAUCCAGUAUGAAAAGAAAUAUGGUUACAUUGAGAAGGGACAGGGCGUGGAAGCUCAAACGUGCCCAGGGGCGCCACCAGCGUCCGACCUAGUUACAACGACGACAUUAUCAGUAACAACAGAAUUAACAACAUCAACAACAGUAGCAACAACAACGUCAACGUCUACUCCAGCGUCAACGGCUACCACUACAACACCGGUUCCAAUCACCUCCACUACCACCAUCACAACUACAACACCGGUCCCUUCCACAACUACGACCACCACAACAACAACAACACCCAAACCCAUAACUCCAACGACUACAACCCACGAACCCACAACGACAACAAAAACGUCUACUCCAGCGCCAACAACUACUACAACUACAACACCGGUUUCUACUACAACAACCACCUCCACCACAACACCAACAUCAAAAACAACAACCACAACGACCCCUAAACUCACAACAACAACUACACCAAUUCCCAUUACAACAUCCACCACAACCACCAUUACGACACAAAGACCAUCAACAACUCAACGCCCAACACAGCUUUCAACCUCGACGCCAUCUUCCCAAGGUCAGUACAGCUGCCCUCAACGAUAUGUCCAACAUGCACACAGCGUUCUGGGGUCAGUGUUCACAAUCGAUAGCACGUGUUACGAGCUUGUCCCGACAGAUGUGACAUGGGAACAUGCUGAGGCUGACUGCGUGGCCAGGGGAGGUCACCUCGCACAUAUUCCUGAUCAACGGCACCAGGACAUCAUUUACAACAUGACAAUGCGACAUUAUGGACAUGACAUUUGGAUUGGAUUUCAUGACAGAAACCAGGAACAACAGUAUGAAUGGUCAUCAGGCGACCCUGUUACCUACUCAAAUUGGCAACAAGGACAUGAGACGUUCGCGCACAACGUUGAAGAUUGUGCGAGUCUUGCGGCAAAAACUUUGCGUGGUCGAUGGGACGAUACGACGUGCUUGUGGCUAAUGGCUUACCUGUGUGAAUUCAAUGACGCUAACGCACAAACAAUGCCGACAGCUGGGAUUUUUACUGGAGUCACGGGUACAGAUGGAGAUUUACAUAUGUGCCCGCUUUUAGUACAGUCACACGCGCGAGUUUUUAAUUACCCCUUGGCCCAGCAUGGUGACAGCUGCUAUGAGCUGCAAACAGACGAAACAGUAACCUGGGAACAUGGUGAAGCUAUUUGCAAACAGCGUGGCGGGCAUCUGGUCUCAAUAACCAGCGCAGCAGAGCAAGCCUUUGUGGAGGCUUUCAUGUCUCGACAUAACCCUAACCACGCUGUUUGGAUAGGGCUACAUGACCGAAAUGUGGAGGGGAACUAUGAGUGGACUUCAGGUGAUAGCUUGACUUACAUCAACUGGAUACCCAACCACAAGGGCAACUUCGAAUCUUCCCAAACAGAAGACUGCAUUGUUCUGGUUCCGUACCAGAGCGGGCAAUGGGACGACAUCCCAUGUGGCUUCCGGGAUCCGCUAUUUGGAGACGACAUGGGAGCGCAAUAUUUUUCCUUCUGUGAAUACAAAACACACAGCAGUCCAGCUUCUUUAAUCGGAUGACAUGUUGAUAGCGCUUCAGUAGGACAAUAUCAAUAAAUAUAUUGACAUUUG